AGUCACGGUGUACCGGGCGGGAAAUGCUCCUUUGUGACCGUUUCUGCCUCUCUGUGCGGGGACGUUCACUAGCGCCACAGAUGUUUCAUUAGGCAACAGUGCUGCUCGAGCUGCUGGUGCCCACUUCCUGAAUUCACAGCAACAGGAGCCCACAAACAUCGCAGCGAAUCGUUUUUCUCUCGAUAACCAGCAGAGAAGCUCCGGUCGGAACCCCAGCACCGUCGGCUCGGUUUGAGGGGUGUCGCUGCUCCGCUGCCAUGGUGGAGACUCCAGCCGGCUGUCUGUUUGAAGACAUCCAGUAUGAAGACAUCCAAGUUGAAACGGCUGUUGGCAGAGGGACAUUUGGCGUUGUCUUUAAGGCCAUCUGGAAAGGACAGGAUGUAGCAAUAAAGACCAUCGAGAGUGAGAAUGAGAAGAACGCUUUCCUUGUUGAGCUCCGCCAGCUGUCCCGGGUCAAUCACCCCAACAUUGUUAAGCUUUAUGGCUCCUGUGACAAUCCUGUGUGUCUGGUCAUGGAGUACGCAGAAUGUGGCUCGCUAUACAACCUGCUGCACAAUGCAGAGCCUCAGCCCCACUACACAGCGUCCCACGCCAUGAGCUGGUGUCUGCAGUGUGCUCAGGGGGUGGCCUACCUGCACUCUAUGAAGCCAAAGGCCCUAAUCCACCGGGACCUCAAACCACCAAAUCUGCUGCUGGUGGCUCGAGGUACCGUGCUGAAGAUCUGUGACUUUGGAACAGCUUGUGAUAUUCAGACGUACAUGACCAACAACAAAGGCAGCGCCGCCUGGAUGGCCCCCGAGGUGUUCGAAGGCAGUAACUACAGCGAGAAGUGUGACGUGUUCAGCUGGGGCAUCAUCCUGUGGGAGGUCAUCACACGCAAGAAGCCCUUUGACGAAAUCGGCGGCUCUGCCUUCUGUAUAAUGUGGGCCGUGCACAGAGGUACGCGGCCCCCUCUGAUCAAAGACCUUCCGGAGCCCAUAGAGACCCUGAUGACACGCUGCUGGGACAAAGAACCCAGCCAGAGACCCUCCAUGGAGGAGGUGAAGAACACCAUGAGCAACCUCAUGAAGUACUUCCCAGGCUCUGAUGAACCUCUCAAGCUGCUGCACCAGUCUUCAGCCAGCCGGAGCGGCUCUUCAUCAGCUACCAGCACAGGCUCGUACGCAGACUACACCAUGAACAGUAACCGCAGUGAUGAAAACGCAGAGCACAGGAACUCAGUGGGCAGAGAUGAGACCCUGAAAAGCUUCGAGGCCAAAUUCCCCCUGCAGUUCAAACCCUCCAAGACAACCACACUACGUCCCGGUCCGUCCAGGGUGUCUAGUGUGGAAAGUCAGCCGGGACGCUCCCAAAGCCCCCCACACUCUACUAGCCCUGUGACUACCAGCAGCCAGUCAGAGCUGAGGAGGACAUUUAGUCCCACAGCUACCAAUGGUUUAGACGGCGCCAUUCCCCUGGCCUACCUGAAACUGGAUCACCAGCUACAGCCCCUGGCUCCCUGUCCUAACUCCAAAGAGUCCAUGGCGGUGUUCGAGCAGCACAUCAGCAUGGCUCAGGAGUAUCUGAAAGUCCAGUCAGAGAUCACUCAGCUCCUCCUCAAGAAAGAGAUCCUGAUGUCGGAGCUGGAGCAGGAGCAGAGGGAGCAGCAGACUUCAUCUCGACUCAUCCAGGAGCACGGCAAGCUGCUGGAGGACAACAGCAGCCUGUCCGCCUACAGCCAGACCCUGAGGGGCAAACUGAGCCUGAACCACAGCCAGAACCAGCAGCACAGCUAGGACAUGCCUCCUCUGCCUACCAAUGAGAGGACUCACUCCAUGAACUGAGCAUACAGUAGGGAAGCCCGUUAAUGCAUCAAAGAAAGUAUAACGAGGUGGGUCCAACACUGGCUCAAAAAGACUCCCACUUUUAGGACGGUUUUAGUUUUAAAUCAGUUUCGAAAGUGCGCUCCAACUUGAGAACACCAACGUAAAAGGUGUCACUACAGGAAAUAAGUUACACACCCUAUUUUAAAAAGCAACAAUUCUGAUAUCAUGUUCAAAGCAAGUAUUUACAAUAAUUUCAGUUUGACUUUAAAAGAAACAGAAUGUUUUAGUUUUUUUAGUUGAUGACUUUUAAACAUAAGAAGCUACUACGUCCAUGUCUGGGCCUACGUUCAUGUUAUGACCAUAAAAAAAGAAUUGUUCACUUCAAUAUUUCCUGUUGGUAUUUUGAUCUUAUGUGCAAGGCAAACAUUUACAAUAUUUUCAGUUUGACUUUAAAAGAAACAUGAGCAUCUGUUGUUCUUCUUAGAUCAUAUGACAUUUAAACUAAAGUAGCUUCUACGUCCACGUCGGGGACUCGGUACAUUUCUAACCAUGAAAUUGAAUGUUCAUUUGAAUAUUUUACGUUGGUGUUGGUAUGCUGGGACCAAGGACACCCACAUGAACUCUGAAAUGGACCCAAAGGUGUCAUGGGAUGAGGGGGGGGGGGAUUGCCUUAUAGCCAGUGAGUGUUACUUUGGUGUAAUUUUUUUGAAAAAAGUAAUAAUUUGUAAAUUCUUACUUUUCUAUAUUCAGUUUAUCACACCCGUUGUAUUGUUUGAGGAAAAGAGGAAGGGGAAAGAGUGGGCCGUAUCAUUUUAAACCAAUUUUACUGUGAAUACAAGACUUACCAAAGGCUUUCUGCUCCAGAGACGCGCUGCCUCAGAGCCAGAGGAGGGCUUUGUUAGCGGCUGUUUGAAAUGGAAAUAUCUGUAGAAUAAUGAACCAGACACACAUUCUAUAUCUGCUUAACUUUCUUUUUACACACAGUUAUAUUUCACGGAAUUAUAUUAACAUUAUUCUGCACUGCACUUAUUUGGGUGAAAGAAAGCACGUGUUUGAGUCUCACUUGGUGCUUUCACUGACCGUGGGUUACUAUGGGAUGGAUUGUUGUUUUUAAUGCAUUUCUUCAGACGGUGCCUAAGGAUUGUUCCUGUACAGUUCAUUUUUUUUUCAUCUCAAUUUAUUUUAUAAAACAUUUGUCAUGUGAUUUUCAAAAAUGUACAUACUGCAAUAUAUGCUUUUAGAAAGUAAAAACAAGGUUUGUA